AUGGCAUUAUUAUCAAAUCUACGCUGGAAAAUAAACACUUUGAUAGAGUCUACAAUUGCUUCGUCUAACCUAUCUGUUAGGUACGCUUCGCAGAUCAUCCUGUUGCAGGUUUUAUAUUACCUCUCGGCAUCGGUGAUUUUCAGAGUGACAUAUGCAGUUCUAGGCUGGAGUUAUAGUGCUGGAGUAUUACUGAACUGGACGGACAUCUCAGUGGAAAAUACGUUUGGUCUCACACUAAUACUGCUAUGGCUAUUCAAUGCCUUAGUUUCCGUUGUGAUUGUCACUUUGAUUAUAGGGCGUUCAAAGCUUGUGUGGGAUUUUGUUAUUACCAUUCACUUUUUACACUUUGUACUUGUCUGGAUUGCCAAUGGGAUACCCAAAAAUAUAUAUUGGUGGUUACUCCAGAUAAUAAGCUCCGUUUUUAUGAUAGUUUUAGGUACAUAUUUGACUAGGAAGAUCGAAUUGAGAGACACCUUCUUUGAGAAUAUGACAGACAUUGAGCUGGCAAAUUCAAAGUGA